AUAUGUCAAUAUAUAGCUGUCACAACAAUUUCUUGUUGAUUUUCGUCAAUUCGUUGUUUAGGUGUAAUCAUGAACAACAAUGACAGAAGAAGUAAGAUACCGGCAGCUCCGACAUUUGCUACAAGUGGCAAUCUCCUUUCGAAUGUCGCACCUCCUAGUGAACUUCCCAACUUCAUUACUACCGUCCCAACAUCUGCCGCGCCGGCUGUUAACACAUCUGAAGUGGUUCCUCAGGUAGUGCCAGUAUCAUCAUCAGAUCCAGUAGCACAAGCUAAUCAAGAUGUUCAAACAAAGCAGACACUUCAACAAUCACCAGAGAGUCCAGAAAAGUUUAGUCCAGCCAUUCCAUUAUCUAAAGGAGAGCCGACCCUACCUAUCCGGUCCCCAGAGGAUUCAUUGACUACAUUAUCACCGGAGUCUUUACCUGAAUCAAUUUCAGAAAUUGAACAACUGGGUGAUAUAAGGCCUGGAAGUGGAAUUUUGACAUGGAUGAAAGGUGCCGUUUCCAGUGGAGGUAUCUUGCAGAGAGUAGCUGAGAAAGCUAAGAGCUCGGUUGACUCCAUGAUCACAACUCUGGAUCCACAAAUGAAGGAGUAUUUAAGAAGUGGAGGUGAUCUAUGCAUAGUAGUAGCUUCAGAUAAAGAUGUGAAGGUUUCACCAGUUAGAGAGGCUUUCCAAACAGUUUUCGGAAAAGCAACUGUCAUUGGUCACGCAGCACAGAGUGACGUAACCGCGGCUCAGCCAGUCGGCUACGCGGCCGCGUACGCUGCGGCGAAGCAACGCGUCGCGUACGUGCGCUCCGAACAUAACGACCUCACAAACAACGUACCCGUUGUCGCUAUAGAAGGUUUCAUACAGGAGACUGUGCCUGACAGAUGGUACGAGUUGUCGCUGCUCGUGCUGACGCAGCCGUCGCUGGGCAUCGAGCUGCAGCUGCAGUCGCAGGCGACGCCGGUGCCGGGCGCGGCCGUGGCGGCGGCGCGCGCGGCGGCCCAGCCCGCGCCCUCCGGCUUCGGCCUCACCAUCGGAUCCAUCAUGGCCGCCAACUUGCAGGUCCCACAUACACAAUGGCACGAGGCGACAACGGGAGUCUCACGGAGGGAAAUAUUGUUGUUCGCUGCAAGAUCACUCGCGGGGUCCUAUAAGAAGUUACUAGCGGUUGCCGCUGAAACAUAAAAUGUUGGAAUUGAUGUUGAAGUUUCAUUGGAGAUUAUAUUGUUUGAUUGUUGGCACAAAAGGAGAACUACUUAUUUAGUUUAUAAGUAUCUAUAGUGUAAUAUAGUUAAUGGUAUAUAAUAAAUAAUAAACUUAA